AAAAAGGAAAACAUAUUUUCGUUUUUUUAUUUUUUAUUUUUUAUUUUCCUUAAAGGAUUUGUACAUCUGAUCUCAAGUAGCUUCAAGUGGUUGGUCUUCUCGUCCCGAUCGAGUUUCUUUGGUUCUCAAGAAAAGUCUUUCCUUUUUCUUCUACCUUAAAAGAGAUGGGGACUUACCUAAGUUCUCCCAAAACUGAAAAGAUAUCAGAAGAAGGUGAGAAUGAUACGCUUAGAUAUGGUUCGUCCUCUAUGCAAGGUUGGCGUGCCACCAUGGAAGAUGCGCAUGCUGCAAUUCUUGAUCUGGAUGAUAAGACAUCCUUCUUCGGUGUGUACGAUGGUCAUGGAGGCAAAGUUGUAGCAAAGUUCUGUGCAAAGUAUCUACACCAGCAGGUUCUCAGUAACCAAGCAUAUGGAGCUGGAGACGUUGAAACAUCUCUUCAAAGAGCAUUCUUUAGAAUGGAUGACAUGAUGCAAGGACAGAGAGGGUGGCGAGAGUUAGCUGCGCUCGGCGACAAGAUGAAUAAGUUUAGCGGCAUGAUUGAAGGAUUCAUAUGGUCACCAAGAAGCGGUGGUGACGUCAAUAACCAGCCUGAUAAUUGGCCUCUUGAGGAUGGUCCUCAUUCUGAUUUCGCCGGACCUACUUGCGGGUGCACAGCGUGUGUAGCUCUUAUUAAAGAUAAGAAGCUCUUUGUUGCAAAUGCUGGUGACUCACGUUGUGUGAUAUCGAGGAAAGGUCAGGCUUAUGACCUUUCUAAAGAUCACAAGCCUGAUCUUGAAGCUGAAAAGGAAAGGAUAUUAAAAGCUGGUGGCUUCAUUCAUGCUGGGCGUAUUAAUGGAAGCUUGAAUCUGACCAGAGCCAUUGGUGACAUGGAGUUCAAGCAGAAUAAGUUCUUACCAUCUGAUAAGCAAAUGGUCACUGCUAAUCCAGAUAUAAACACUAUUGAUCUAUGUGAUGAUGAUGACUUUCUUGUUGUUGCAUGUGAUGGAAUCUGGGAUUGUAUGACAAGCCAGCAACUGGUUGAUUUUAUCCAUGAACAGUUAAAAUCUGAAACAAAGCUUUCGACGGUAUGUGAAAAGAUUGUUGAUAGAUGUUUGGCUCCAGACACUGCGAGUGGUGAAGGCUGUGAUAAUAUGACCAUCAUCUUGGUCCAGUUCAAGAAGCCUAAUCCAUCCGAGACCACCGAAGCAGAAGCAGAAGAAGAAGCAAAAGAAGAAAUUAAAACAGAACCAAGCCAGGAGGAGGCCCAGGACGAGCCGAGCUCAUCAAGCUAAAUGUCCUGAAAAGGAGCCUAGAGGGGAGAUUUGAAUGUCUUUAUAUAUCAUUUGUCUUUGGUUCAACAUUGAAAAUGCUUUUGAGUGUGGGUUAGAGAAGCAGAAGCUGGCAUUUAUUGGGAUUUCAGUUUUUUUUUCCUCAGUUUUCACAGCUUCUCUUUACUCAACAGACUCUGGUUCUAUCGGUUCCUGUAGUCAGAAAAAACGACUUUGUAUAGUUUGUCUUGUGAUUUGUGGGAAAAAUGUUGGUGUAUUCUUCAUUAAGGAGUUAUAUUGCUUC